AUGUCUCGUACCGCACCUGAGGAGUCAGGGACAGAGGAGCCGAGAGAAAAGCAUGAACUAGAAAGCCGAGAAUAUGCGCAGACGUCAGAAGAGCUGGGUUCGCCGGCCGAUAUCCAGAGGCCUCGAUCUGCUUUACACUCCGGCGACUUCAGGGAAGGUGCCGACAGCUCUACGCAGCAUACUCCCCCAUCACGUCGACCUCGAUUCACAGAGCGAAGCCCGACGUCUCCAUUUCCCGAACUGGGUACCUCUCCUACAACACCAUGGUUUGGUGCAUCGGCUUUCCAGGCCCCGGCACGGGGCCCCGCAUUUGACGAUCAUCGCGAGCUGAUGACGCUCCAAUCCCGGUCCCGAGCACCAUCUCUAGGGUCAUUCUCUUCAAGCUAUGUUCUCAAGGUUCCAACGAGUCCUCUCGUACACCAGGCGAACAAUACCGAUCUGGAUUUUUCUCCUCGAGUCGAUUCGGGGGAUCCUCCUCCGUUUAUCGACAGAGCGAACCGACGGCGGACCCUACCUCCUGAUUCAUUUCUGCACCUCCAAUCAUCACCACCAAAUUUGCGAGCCGUUAGCAUCCGAAAUCCUUAUCAACCCGGUCACCACGAGGGACUUUUCCAGCCACAGCACUUCCCUCGUCGGUCUCUAACCUCGGCGUAUAGUCUUCAGCUUGCCCCGACGGGUAAUGCUAACGCUUAUCGUGCAAGGAGGCCGUCUUUUGCCUCCGAGCAUUCUGCAAAGCCUCAUGCCCCGAUGGUAGGGUCCUACGAGGAGUCUCUCUUGCGAGGCCGAAUGUCUAUGAGUCCUUCCAAGCCACUGGAUUUCACAGCGCAGAUUGGUGUUCUCGGGAAGGGGAAAUGCAAAGGGCACCUUAAAUGUCCUCCGCAUGUGACGGUGCCUUUCCCUGCUGUUUUCUACAGCUAUCCUACUUCUGGGAAUGGUCGCUCCAUUGCGGAUGACAGCCCGAGUCCUUACGUGGGCCAUAUCGACCUCGAGAAUUCGUUAGCCAAAGACGAGUCGAACACGACACGGCGUCGGAAACGACAUGUCAGUCCCCCAAAGUCUCAUGAAGAGACUGUCCUAGACGAGUCGGGUGCAACCCGAAUCGCUGAUGUCGACACCCGACGUCGCCGAGAAAAGAAGAACCGCAGAGCAGAAUCUCCCAAAUGCCCCCCAGGCGGGUGUUAUCGAAUCCCCCAGCAGGGACAACUUCAGAUUAUAAUCAAGAACCCGCACAAGACUGCGGUCAAGCUAUUUCUCGUGCCUUACGACCUUACCGACAUGGAACCUGGCACCAAGACUUUCAUCAGACAGAGAAGCUAUUCGGCUGGCCAGGUAAUCGACAUGCCGCUGAGUGCGCGAAAGAACUAUGGAACUGAUCGUCCCGAGGCAUCGUUGAACGCCACCGAGGAUCCCCGAGACAAGCCCGUUUUGCGGUAUCUCAUUCAUCUCAACGUUUGUUGUCCGGCACGUGGUCGCUUCUACCUAUACUCCAGUGUUCGAGUGGUAUUUGCCAACCGCGUACCUGAUGGCAAAGAGAAGCUGCGCAACGAGAUCCAACUUCCAGAGCCCCGAUACACCCCGUACAAGCCUACCCGGGACUCGAGUCUCUCUGGGUCUACCACCAAUGUACGCCUCGCAAUGGAGAAAGCCUCUCGCAGACGGAGUGCCGGCCAAGGCACAAUCACACUUCUCCGUCCGCAUGUAUCAUCACCAAGCGACGGUCCCCUGCAUUGGACUGCAGCCGAAGCUAUGGGACUCACAAACGCCUCUCAGAUCUAUUCCGAGAAUGAUUCGACCAUGUACAACAAGCUCAACAAGGGCGACGUCGGAUACGGAGGGUUCCCUUACUCCUCGUCAAAUGGAGGCUCUGAGAACGGUGAGAGCCUACUUGCCAAGCGACUUCGCAGCUUAGAUGUGCACAAGCAAGAGAGGUUCGACAGUAAUUGA